CGGGGCGGCGCGACCAAUGGGAGCGCGGGGGCGGGGCCCGCGCGACGCCGUUACCGCCCGGGAAGGAGGAGGCGGCGCCGCCAUCAUGAGCUACGGUUAUGGAGACUGGAAUUCGGGCACGAGCAGAGGUUACGAGGGCUACAAUUAUGGCUACGGCUACGGGCAGGACAGCUCGGGGGGGUACGGCUACGGCGUGGCCGCCGGCAAUUCCUGGGAAAUGGGCAACUCCGACGCCGACGCGGCGCCCGAGAGCGGCGACGGCCUCGGCAAGAUGAGCCAGCGGCUGGACGUGGGAUCCCACCCGGAUUCCGAGGGGAUGCCGGGGGGACGCUACGGAGCCGUCGGGGACAGGUACGACCCGUACGAGUCCUACGACUCGAGGUCCUCCCUGAACGACCGCGACCUGUAUCGGCCGGGCUACGACUACAACGACUACAACGACUACAACGAUUACAACGAUUACAACGAUUACAACGAUUACAAUGAUUACAACGAUUACAAUGAUUACAACGAUUACAACGAUUACAAUGAUUAUAACGACUACAACGACUACAACGACUACAACGACUACCACGACUACACGGAGUCGGAGCAGGACAACGACGGCGCCUACGAGGGCCCCUACGAGCCCUUCCCCGGGGCCCGGCGGGAGCAGUUCCCGGGCCGGGCGCGGGACGGCUUCGGGCAGCGCGGGCAGGGCUGGGGCCGGGACGGGCGGCCCUCGGGGCCCUUCCCCGGGCGCGGGGCCUGGCACGAGCCCCGCGGGCCCCCCGGCGCCAAACGCCUGCCCUCCCUCUUCUCCCACAACAUCCUGCCCCCCGAGCCCGGCGCCUUCCCCGCCAACGCCAGGGGCUUCCCCGGCAACGCGCGCUACGGAGGAGGGAUGGUCAGGCAGAGGGUGAAGAGGAACUGGAAAAUGUGGGAUUGGGAUUUUAAGCUGCAGAGGAAGAAGCUCCGGCGGGAUCCGGGGGCCAGGAAGCGGAAGCAGCCGAGCAGCUCCGAGGAGCCCGACGGAAAAGCCGCCAAGACCGACGGAUCCGACAAUUCCGACUCGGACAACGAGGAGGGCACGGAAGGAGAGUCGGGAGACAAAGAGGAGAAGGAGGGAUCCAGAGGGGUAAGGAAAGAUUCCAGAUGGCUUUUGUGGGAUCCAGAGGGAGGGGAAGGGGAGGACGAAGAAGGAAGAGACUCCGAGAGAGAGGUGGGCAUGGAGCACUUCCUGAAGAAGGUGGAGGCCGCCCACUGCGCCGCCUGCGACCUGUUCCUGCCCAUGCAGUUCGGAACCAUCCAGAAACACCUGAAAUCCCUGGAUCACAACCACAACCGCAGGGCCAUGCUGGAGCAAUCCAAGAAAUCCUCGCUGGUGGUGGCCCGGAGCAUCCUCAACAACAAACUCAUCAGCAAGAAGCUGGAGCGGUACCUCAAGGGCGAGAAUCCCUUCACGGAUGAUCCGGAGGAGAAGGAGGAGCACGAGGAAGGGGAAGGAGGAGCCGGGAACGCCGAGGAAGGAGCGGAGGGAGGAGCGGAGGAGGAGAACAAGGACGAGGAGGAGAACCCGGAGGAGGAGGAGAACCCGGAGGAGGAAAACCCUGAGGAGCGGAACGGGGAGGAGGAAAACAAGGAUCCGGAGGAGAAUCCCGAAAAAGAGGGGGAGGGAGAGGAGAAUCCCAAAACAGAGGGGACAGAGACAGAGCGGGAGCGCCGGGCACAGACAGAGCCGGAGCAGAACUCCCCGAAUCCAGAGGAUCCAGAGGGAGCUCUCCCGGGGCAAGGGGAGCAGCAGCCGGAGCAGCAGCAGCAGGAGGAGGAGGAAGAGGAGGAGGAGGGAAGCGAGGAAGGCCCCGAGGCCGUGGAAUGAACCCACCCCGGGGGAAGGACCCGACGUGUGUGUUGGAUGUUCCGGAUCCCGCCGUGUCCGUGAAUGUUUUCCGUUCUCGUCCCGCCGAUCCCGCGUAGCCGGGGGAGCCUCUUCCCUGGAAAGUGAUUGUUUUGUUUUGUUCUGUUUUUGGGGGUUUUUUUGGGAAACUAGAGGAUUUUUUUUACGGAUUCUCCACGUUUAGUCGCUAGUUUCGUGCGGUCCCUGUUUCUUAGGUGGCUUUGUAGGAGAUUUUUUCCUUUGGAGCAUGUGUGGAAGCCGGAGCUGCUCCGGAGCCUCUUCCCCCGGGAACGGGAGCGUGUCCGUGUGGAACAGAGCCGUGCCCUCGGCCUGGCUGGCUGGGAACGGCAGCACUUCGGUUCCAGGGGGUUUCCUCGAGGUCCUCCGUGACUUCCUGUGACUGUAACGGCCCCAUUCCCGAUGUUUUCCCGGCCCUUUUCCCGCGGAGCGAAGCGUUCAGUGGUGUUGACGUCGUGUUGUUUGUAAAACGGUUUCAUUUUCCAGGUCGAUGUGUCGGUGGGUGGAGAUAAAAAAGGACUUAUCCUGAGUUUA